CCGAGAUCGCUUUCACCUACAGUCAUGGGAACUUUUCCCAGAUGGGAGUUAUCAGAAAAUUAUUAUCUUUGCAUUCAUUGUUCGUUCUUAAUCAAGAAAAAUGCAUUCGAAAGUGGAGCUGAUUUGAGAAAACUGAAACUCGAUUGCACAAUGAUGUGAGAUAAAGGCCGGUCGUAUCACUUGGUGAACGGCUGGGGAAACGUGUUUCGUCGGGUGUCAGAUGCAGUAGAAGGUGCGAAAGUAGACGGAAACUGAAUAGUAAUUGACUCUUUUUUUUUUUUUCUUUCUUUAUAUUCAGCGAUGUGAUGAUAUUCGAAGCAAAAAUGUUACAAGCGAGCUCACAAAUUCCGACUUCCACUCGGUAAGUCGUUACAGCGAUUGCAUCUGAAGAUUCUUAAUUUGGUCUAAUUGCAUCCAUUACUUUGAAAGGCGGAUUCAGAAUUAAACUAAGCAACACACAAAAGCCUCUGACAUCAUUUCAUUUGCUUCGCAUCACCUCGACGUAACAGGACAAGUUGUUUCUCAAAGGAAAAAAUGUCGGAGAGGCAGAUCACAGUGCCACCUGUCUUGGAAAACAUUCUCCUGGAAUACACCAUAAAUGUCUUGGUGGAAAAUCCGGAGGAUAUUAUCAGCCAUGCAGCCGAUUAUUUCACUCGCCUGAGGGAUAACAGAGAUCAGGAAAAUCCUCCUGGAAUGGUUGGGGAGAAGACUGACAUCAGCAAUAUUCUGGGAUCCAGAGCCUCGAGACGCCAAUCGGUAGUCGGCGAACGAUAUGAUCCAGAACAGGACGACGAUGAAGAGGAGAUCGAAAAAUUUCCAAAAUCUGAUGAGGAAAGGAAAAGGAUCAAAGAGCGGACCAAGGAUAUCUUUCUUUUCAAGGUCUUAGACGAAGAGGACAUCAAUGAAAUUAUAGAGGCCAUGAUGCCUAGAGAGGUCGAAACAGGACAAGUUAUCAUUCGCCAAGGGGAUGAUGGCGACUUUUUCUAUGUGGUCGAUAAAGGAACUUUUGAGGCAUGUGUCAAAGAUGGAAAAGGUGAAGAGAGGAUAGUAAAGAUCUAUGACAAUUCUGGCAGUUUUGGCGAGUUGGCAUUGCUUCAUAACCAACCAAGGGCUGCUACAGUUACGGCCACGACGAAAGGGCUUCUCUGGGCCGUGAGCAGAAAGACUUUCAAUAGAUUGGUCGUGAAAAGAGCCUUCGAAAAAAGGCAGAAGUAUAUGGCUCUUCUGGAAAAGGUGCCUGAAUUGCAACCCCUGACGGAAUUCGAGAAGAUGCAGGUAUGCGAUGCACUCAGUCCAGUGUUUCUAAAAAAAGGAAAUAUUCUUUUCGAAGAAGGAGAUGAAGGGGACGGAAUGUAUUUUGUGGAAGAGGGGAAGAUCAGCAUCAUACAGAAGUCUUCAAAGAACAAGAGCGAACAAGAAGUGGCCCAAUUAGGUCCAGGAGAGUACUUUGGAGAGAUGGCGUUGGUGAAGAACCAGCCGAGAGCGGGAACGGCAAAGGCAGUGGUGGAUACGAAGCUCGCCUUUCUAGAAGUGAAAGCGUUCGAGCGCCUGCUCGGGCCCUGCAUCGACAUCAUGAAAGCACGCAUGGAGAAGUACAAGAGAGCCUGACUGUCGUCC